AUGCUCGCAGCAGUAAAGAACAGCACAUUCGGAUUCGGAAACUUCUUCAUCCGCUCAUUUGCCAAGGAGGCAGUCAAGGAAACAGAUGCAGAUAAGUUAUUCCAGAGAGUCAACAAGAUCAUUGAAGAAAAAGUCAGACCAUUCAUCAAGCAGGACCAUGGAGAUAUUGAACUUGUCGAUAUUAAGAAUGGUUGCAUGAUUGUUCAGCUCGAAGGCGCUUGCGAAGGCUGUGGAUGCAAGAACACAACACUUUACAAUGGUGUUCUUGGCACAGUUCAAGAAGAAAUCCCAGAAAUUACAAACAUCCGCCAAAAGAUGCCAUUUGACGACUUCGAAUAA